CGGAUAGUUUUGAUUUUCUCUACAUCGUGCUUAGCCAAUAAUGUAGAGGGAACUGUUGUGCACAUCUCAGCUGGCAGACAUUUAAAAGGGAGACAGUCCGGCGCUGGAGCAAUUUGUAUUAAACCCCCCUCCACCACCACCACCACCACUGCCCACCCACCCCACCGCCACCCCACCCGGCCCCUGUCUAUGGAGCGGUUAGUCUCCCACCCAUCCGCAGUCCCACCAGUGUACAGUCGACAGCAGUAGGUGUCUAUCACCUCGGAAGGUGCCUUCACAGGACUGACAAGAUCGGAUCGUUGCGCUUGUUGCAGUGGAGACUCGAACAGGAUGGCCAACUCGACGCGUAUCUUUUGCAGUAUGGUUUUCAUCAUCGGGUUGCUGUCCUCUCCCGUGGAUUCAAAAAGAAAUCGAGGUUCACAAGGCGCCAUUCCUCAUCCUGACAAAAACAACCCAAACGAAUCGGAGCAGCAACCGCAGCCUCCGCAGGCGGGCUCCGGGUCCCGGCAGAGGCAGGGCUCUUCCUCGCCGGCCGACGAGGUGCUGGAGUCCAGCCAGGAAGCUCUGCAUGUGACGGAGCGCCAGUAUUUGAAACGGGACUGGUGCAAGACGCAACCGCUCAAACAGACCAUCCACGAGGAGGGCUGCGUCAGCCGCACCAUCAUCAACCGCUUCUGUUACGGACAGUGCAACUCCUUCUACAUCCCCAGGCACAUCCGCAGGGAGGAGGGUGCCUUUCAGUCCUGCUCGUUUUGCAAGCCGAAGCGUUUUACCACCAUGACUUUUACUUUGAACUGUCCGGACCAGCAGCCACCCACCAAGAAGAAACGCAUCCAGCGCGUUAAACAGUGCCGCUGUAUAUCCAUAGACCUGGACUAAAAACACACAGAAAUGUGUUGAGUGUGUGUGUGUGUGUUUUCAUAUUCUUAUUCUUCGCGGACAGGAUUGUUGAGGCUGUCACACAGCCGAGAGCACGUGCCAGCCUCCACCUGGGGAUAGGCUCCACAUAUACGACGACUUUUCAAGGCUGCCUACGUGUAUACUACGAAUCUCUUCUUGCACAACGUGUGAACAAAUAUGGACAAACCACUCACAAAGCUGAACCGCAACGAACAUUUUUACUCCUCACCAGUUUGCCAAGUUUGAAAACAAGCAUCACUGCACGGCACGGGGACGUUGAUUUGGAAUGGGCACGUUUUACGCACGGCUUCCCCCCCCCCCCCCCCC